GAGAUUAUGGUAGUCCUGGCCAGGAGAUUAUACUCCUAUGUCUCGACUUCGAGUUUUUAAAAGAUAGUGGAGAAGUUGUGGGCUAAUUGUGCUCUGUCAACAAACGCCGUAGCCGAAUAAAACUGGCGAGUUUGACUACAAAACAGUAGAAAGGCGGCGAGCAGGUAUGGGUGCCGCUACGAGCCGAGGGUGCUGUAGAGGACUUCGGAAGAAAAAGAGAAAAAAUGCAGCUAAAGAACAGGUGAAAUUGUCAAAAGAGCUGAAUAACCUUCAGGAUGGAUGUGAUCAGUGCUUGCAGAAGGAUGCGGGCUUGGCUCUGGAGAAGCUCAAGGAACAGCACGAGUGGGAGCUGGAGAGUCUCAGGGAGACACUUAAGGGCACUUGGACCUCAGAGAGAGAGGAACUGCUGAAGGCCCACCAGGAGGCAAUAGAGAGGCUCGUGGAGGAGAUCACUGCAAAGAUUAAAACUGAAACAUCUGUGGAAUUGAAUGCGAGUUUUGAUGACAAAAUUAAAUGCAUCACAGAAAAGCACACAAACAAAACUGAAGAGCUGCAGAAAUUGCACUCCCAAGAGAAGAAAACUUUGACAGACAAUUUCAAGGAAACAGAGGCUUCCUUGCAGGGCAAAGUUGAUGUUCUGACGGCUGAACUGCAGGUUUUCAAUGAGUUGAAACAAAGAGUGAAGGAGUCAGUCCUGACCAGAGAUCUGCAACGAAAUAUUAAGGAUCAUGGCAGCCCGGGUUCUUUCUGGGAGCAGGAACUGAACAGCUUGCUUUUUGUGAUUGAAAUGAAAAACGAACGCAUCCAGAACUUUAGCAAAAAGCUACUCCAAAUGGAAGCCCUGGCUGAGAAGAACCUGUCUCUGGAGGACAGAGUGAAGAACUUGCUUCAGCAGAAUGAGGACCUGAGGCUCAGAAUGGAGAAACAUCAGACCUUAAUACAGGAGCUGUCUCGCGAGCAUGCCAGGCUACAGGAGUCACUGGAGAAGGAGUCCCUUCUGAGUCAGAGGCUGAACCAAGAGAAAGAAGAGCUGCUCUACAGACUGGUCAACGGAGACUCCCCGCCCACCUUUCAUGUGUCACCUUUCACCCCUGAACUCUCCCCAAGGUGACCACAUCACACUGAGGUUAUGAGAUCACUCUUCUCAAGAGGAACUGCCCUGGCUGAGUGAGGAGAAGUCUCCUCUUUCUGCGACCUGAUCCCGAAUAUCUCGGGAAAAUGCUGAAAGUGUCCUUUCACCUUGGCUUUGGCUCAAGCCAUUCGUUAAAUCCUCAUGUCCGUAACGUUUCAAGUGGACAACUUUCUGGCAGUCUUCCUAAACUGCUCAACGUCUGCCCUUGCUAUAAUGUGACAAAUGUCUUCAGGAGCUUCCGAUGAGUAGUCAAAAGCAGAACAGCUUGGGAAUUGAUUUUUGACUGUAACCUUUCUGAUGCGUGUUGCAAACCAUUUUGAACUCUGAUGGAUUUCAUCAUCUAUAUUGCAGCACAAAACGGAAAGGUGUGUUUCAGUUUGAUUCUCUAUUUUUUUUUAGUGGACCUUGAGAUGGAAGCCACACAUUUUGCAGCAUCUCACUUCAAAACAUGCACAGGGCUUUCCUUGACAAGGAAAUCUUGAAAAAAACUGAUUACGAAAUCUUUGAUCUACAUAAAUCAGUAAAUGCACUGUAUAGGAUGACAUCACCAUCUAGAAAGCUGAAUUUCAGGAUUGUUUUUAGUGCUGCUUUUUCUUUUAGGAAAAUAACCCAAAAUACUACUAGUCAACAGAAUUUUGUUUUUACCUCAUGGUCAAACUGUGCCUAUAAGAGUGGAAAGCAUGCCUGCUUUCCCUUCACAUUUUAUUUUUAUUUCCAAUCGAAGAGCCAAUAGCCUUAUUUACUACUUCCAGGUAAGUGAAUGUUUUAAUAUAUGACUUUGUAUCGUGCUGGUAACAGUAACAGCAGACAGUCACCAUCUCAGUUGUGUUGAUCAUUUUUCUCUUAUGAUAAAUGUGUUUCUUUGCAUCUGUUGUCUUUCACUAGUGCUUGUCAUAGUUCGACAAAUCAAUGUAGGUUCAAAAACAUUUUUAUCUUUUGUUUUUUGUCUCAAGUAUUAUUCUUUUUGUCAACUGUUACCUCUUUUGAAAUCAACUGUAAGUAAUAUUUUGACUCAUUUGGGAGUAACAUUUCAUCAUUUAUAUAAGAUUAGAUUAUAUGAAGGUUACAACAUAGUAAACAGUAAGUACCUUGAUGGGGACAAAUGUCAGUAAUUAUGUAAUCUGUAGCUGGAUCUUUGGUUUCAAAGCUUUAAUUUCAGCCUAAGAAGUCUGAUAAGCAGCAGAUACGCUUUUUGAACACCUUCUGUGUACUUCAUUACUUUUAUUCACACCUGGGAGAAAUGUCACAGCAUUUAAAUUUCUUCCCCACAAAAGACCAAAACACUAUGGCUAACAAAAACAAAUCAAUACUGUACUGGCAUCUUUGGUUAUAAAAAAAAAAAAGAGCUAAGCACACAUAUUUUAACAAACCUUAGGAAAUCUGAAACUGCACGAGGUAUUCAGAUGCACACGUGCACUUUUUAACCAGUGUUUUUAUCUGUUUUUAUUUGCUUUUAUUUGAUUUUAAUGGGGUGAGAAUGUGUAUAUAGAAAGCACUUUUAAAAUGUACGUGCAUUUUUUUUCUUGCCAUUUUGUUUUCUAUGGUUCGUUUCUGUGGAGCACUGUUUUGAAAUUAUUUCACAAAUGCUAAGUGCAAAAGUGCGAGUAGUGUGUGUUAGAAGAUAUGUCUAACUUAUAUCUAGGUAUCGUUUUAAAUAGAUCCUAUCCGAUUUAGAAGCAACAGCUGACGUAUGAUGUAUGAUUGUGGUGCCAUAAAAACAAGUAACUGGAGCACUUCAAAGCUUUUUCACUAUUGCUAAAAACAAUGUCCUUAUCAUUUCAGAUACACUCUUAUUUUUUUCAGAACGGUUUAAGUGGGAAAAAAAAUAAUUUCUUCUACUUGUGCCUGUAUUUUUCUUAUGCCUAUAAUGUCCCAUUUCAGCAAGUGAGGAGGACAUUGUUUUGGUAUAGAGCAAAAAGCUUUGAAAAUGAACCUGUUAUUAUCACAGGACUGUAUGUAUUAUAGCUGAAAUGUAGUUGGCAGUGUUAAUUCAUAGAAUUGUGUGCAGCUGUUAGCUAUUGUUACUAUAGCUGGUAAAGCAAUACACACCUUUAUUUUAUGCGAGUUGCUGUACUGUUAGCCUUUUUCCCCAGUACAGGUGCUAUCUAAACCACUCUUCUGGAUGUGUUGAACUCAUGCCAUAGAAACAUAGUUUUCUUUUUCAUUUUAACUGACAACUUGUCAAGGGGAAAAUAAACAUCGUCAAGAAUUU